AUGGACUCAUUAUUUGGCCGCAAGAAGUCCAGGCCACGCCAGUCUUCUGUUUCUACCCAGGAUCUUCGUGCUUCUGUCCCCUAUGACAAGUUGGCACCGUCGCCUCGCGCCCCCGUCCCAGUGGGCAGCAUUUCCCAAGGACUACGCGGCAGCGGCGUAGGAAUGAUAUCCGCACCAAUCACGAACCCAACACUCACCUCCAAUGGCACCGAACUCAACAAGUUUGCCAUGUCGCGGAGUAAGGCAGAGCGAGACAGGGUAUACGAGCAACACUUAGGGAAGCGACCAGGCUCGCCAAGUACGUCUAUAUCUACCGCAGAAUCAUCUACCCUCUACAGCGACUCCGGCGCCUCUUCGUCCAACAAUCGCAUGAGACGAAGCGAGGCGUCCUUCUCAACAUCUUCUUCGUCUGGUCCGCGAAGCCCUCUUAUAUCGGAUUUUGGGACUGGCUCCUCUUAUGGACCCACCGGUACGGUGCGGCCCAGCUCAAACUAUUCCACUCGCUCAGAAUCAAAUCGUACAUCGAAAUUUGCACCCUCACUCGCUAGUUCGGAGUCCUUCCAAUCACAACACCCACAUAUAUCUCAAUUCUACCAAACACUUGUACAUCCUAACGAAGACUUCCACUUUCCACGGCCGGAGCACGACGAAGAGAUUGAAGAGAUGUUUGAGAACGUGAAGCUGACGCGGAGUUUGGAGAACAUCCCCAAGAUGUCAAUAGAUCAGAAGUGGCACAUUGUCUACAAUAACGAACUCAUGAAAUGGGAGGAAGAGAAGAAGAGGGAGGCAUUGACUCGCAAACAGAUUGAGCUGGGCAAGUCGGGCGUGAUUUCUGAAGGCGCGCCGGAGUGGUAUAUCCGCAAAUUCCUGGACCGUACGAUCACACCCAAAGAAGCAAGCGGGCUGCAUGUAUCGUUACGGAGUGAAAAUAUAAUCUGGUUUAAUCACUUUCUUGAAUUACAAGGCGCUUCAGUGUUAGCUCAGACACUAGCGCAGUUACGGAAGACAACAAGACGAGAACAAGAUAUCCAACUUGAGAAUGAGAUUGUCAAGAUACUCAAGCGUAUUCUCAACUCGCGUGGAGCGAUGAAACAAAUCAACGUUCCCCUUUUGGUUCCACAAGUUGCCCUGUCACUAGCCACUCCCCACAUACCCACUCGUAAAGUCAUCCUCGAAAUCCUCACUUACUUUGCCGCGAAUAAUGAGGGCGAGUUUCAACCGCUGGUUGUGUCUGCGCUCGAAGCCUUGAGCGCAACGCAAAAUGAGAGUGGCUGUUACCAGUAUUGGUUCAGGGCAUUAGAGACUACGCUUGCUGGUAGGGGGAAGAUGGGAAGCUUGGUUGGAGCAAGCGACGAGGUUAAGAAGUCUGGGGCAGUUGAGGCUUCAUUGAAUGAAUACGCUCUCUCUAACAUCAUCCUCGUUAAUGUCAUUCUCCAAUUCGUUGAUGACCUUGACCUACGAUUCCACCACCGAUCGCAAAUGGAAGCCGCCGGGCUUCACCGAAUACUUGCGCAAUGCGAGCAAUUUGGGCUGCCCAGUCUUGACAAGAAUAUCAAGAUUCUUCGGGACAUGCUUGACGAUGAUGCUGCCCGGCUUCGCGAGGAAAUGGACCAAAAGAUCCUUCGGGAUCUCAGCAACCCACAAGAUGUCUACAAUGCUAUCUCUGCGAAGAUAGAGAACACUAAGGCAGGGGACCACUUCUUGUCGAUGAUGCAGCAUUUGCUGUUGAUACGAGAAGAAGGCCCUCCUCUCGUGCAUUAUUUUCAGCUUAUUGACUCUUUGGUAACCGAUGUUGUACUGGAUAAGAAGUUAGCUGGGGCAGAGCAGCGGCUUGGGCAUUCUGUCGACCGGAUAAUAGCCCAGUUCAACGAAGCAGAUCGCUACCAGUCCCUUUCUGAAGAAGCUACUGAAGCUAGGAACACGGCUUCUCGCCUCCAGCGCGAGAAAGACCUUCUGGAGGAAGAGAUUUCCCAAGGUCAAGACGGUCUCGUAGGUCGCUUGAAGGAGCAGCAGAAGCAUUUAGAGCAACAGCUUUCUAUCUCGCGCGAGACAACAAACCGACUCCAAGGCCAGCUUGCUACCCAGAAGUCUGGCUACGAGGAGCGGAUUGCGCAGCUGGAGGCCCAGAUCAUGGAGUUGUUUCGUAUGCUUCGCGAAGUGGGUAAUAAUGUGGACACUAUUCUUGAUCAAGGCGCCAUGGACCGGAGGACCCUCGUCGAUACGCUUGAGAAGCAAUUCCAGCGGAACAAGACGAUAAGUAUACUGGAAGGAAAUAAGGGUUGGGGGAAGAUGAGCGGCAAGUUGAAACGAGGCGGAACAGGCGGCGGUGGCGAUGGACAAGGGGAUGGCGAAGAUGGCGAAGAUGGGGACGACAUUGACGCAACGCCAGGGAAGUCGAGUUUGAGAAGGGGUUCGAAGAGCAUAGGCAGUCGAAAGAAGUCGACGAAAGGUGCGAGGGUCACAGGGGGUGCUACCAAGUUGGAUGAGGCUGGCAGAGUAUCACAAUUCAUGGACGCCGACGAGGAUGAUGCCAGGGAGCAAAUUCAACAGCAGCUGGCUGCUGGAACACAGGUGUACCCGCCGCGAGACGGUCUUUUGCAGAAUUCACGAAGCAUCCGGGCUUCACCAAGACGGAAGGACAGGCCCGUAUUAGGCGAAGCCCCUUUCAGACCCCACAACGCCAAUGGCCUCGGACAGUCCGACCUCUUGUCUCCUCACGCGGAAGAAGCGGGCGAUCAGAGUGACUACAGUCGCUCUUCGUCUCCUGGCGGUGAUGGGGAUGGUAGCGAACAGGGUCAGUCAACGAAGAGUGGCUUCACAAAUCUAACUGAGGACACGCAAGCGACGUCCGUGAGCUCUGGUUCAAAGGAGGGCCUAGGUAUUGGCAUGACGUUUGUAGAUCAACUCAAUCAGCGGUUUGCGAAGGCUCAAGCCGAGCGAGAUGGAAUUAUUCCUGGAUCUGUCGAUGUUGACGGUGCACGAAGCACAGACCCACAGCCCGGCGGUGCUCCUCCGCCGCCGCCACCGCCUCCGCCUCCACCUCCACCGCCGCCACCUGGUACGUCUGGUAUGUUCUCCCCCCCUCCACCACCCCCUCCUCCUCCUCCUCCUCCACCACCACCACCUCCUCCUCCUCCUCCUCCUCCUCCUGGCAUAUCUCCCGCUCUCUCUGCGUCGCCGUUCGGCACGCCGCCUCCACCACCUCCACCACCUCCCAUGGGUACUCUGUCAGUGCCUGGCUCCUCUCGUACAUCACAAGUCGGUCACAAUAUCACAAAUAUGCUCUCCAACCGUAAGGACAUGCCUUUCACCCCUAGCACGAAGAUGAAGCAACUGCAGUGGGACAAACUUCCACAUCAGCAGGUGGGGAAGACCCUCUGGGGAGAAGAGGCGCCGAAGGAACAUGAGAUGUUGAUGAAGUUGCAGAUAGACGGUGUGUGGAUGGAGAUGGAGGAAGACUUCAAGGCGAAGCAGCUCGUUAUCAACCUCAUGGCCAGGCAAAAGCAAGCUGAGCUUAAGAGUGUCCUCGAUCCGCAGACGAAGAAACUCGUCGAAAUUUUGAUCCAUCGCGUCAAGAAACUGGAACCGGAAGAGAUUGCUAGACGGAUUCAACAGUUCGACCAGGAUCUCUGCACGGAGUUGUUCUUGAGCGAACUCAAACCAGUGCUUCCUUCGCCAGAACAGAUCGGGAAACUGAAUGUGUAUCGCAACGCCGCCCCUGAAGAACUCGCCGGACUUCACCCCUCAGACAGGCUGAUGGUCCAACUUAUUAAGAUCAACCGGCUUGCACCGCGGAUAGAGGGCAUGCUCUAUAAGUGCAAGUUUGAGGAGACAUGGGGAUUGUUAAACGAGGGCGCCAAAAAUUUGGCGGAGGCAGGGCAAUGCUUGCUCCAAGCUAAGCACUUCAAGGAACUGCUGAGCUUAAUUCUCCUGAUUGGUAACUACAUGAACGGCACGGGUAUCAAAGGUGGCGCCUUUGGGUUCCGAGUCAGCAGCAUAAACAAGAUGGUAGAUACCAAAUCUGUCAACAACACCACCCUUUUGCAUUUCUUGGAGCGUACGGUUGCAAAGCAUUUCCCCGAAAUGGAGGAGUUUCUCGAAGAAAUCGCUAAACCGGCUGAAGCUUACAGAAUACAUCUCGCCGAGAUCCGCAAAGGUUUGACUGACCUUCGUAACGGGUUGAAGACGAUACGGCAGGAACUUGGCGAAUAUUUCGCUGGUAUGGACCAGAGUGAUAGGUACGGGGCCCAGAUGUGGAACUUCGUCGGCAAAGCAAAUUCGAGACUCGAGGACCUCACGGACAACGUCAACCUCGCCGACACUACUUUUACCGAAGUUUUAAAAUACUACGGUGAAGAGGAUAAGAAUGUCACCUCUGGUGAAUUCUACGGGAUUUUUAAGACUUUUGUAACCUCUUAUAAGAAAUGCAAAGUCGACAACCAAACGGCUGCAGAUGAACGCUCGGCUAAUGAGAAGCGUAAACAGGCGGCAGAAGAUGCUAAAGUCAAUCGGCAGAAAGUGCGCGAGGCCGCUCAGAUGCAAACAGAUGACGACUCUGCAGUGCUCGACAAACUGAUUGGGGAGCUGGGUAAUGGAAUGGUCUUAGGUCGACGAUCAAGAAAACAUCGCCCGACGGUCGACACUCGCUCAAACCAACUACUCACUCUCGACUCGAUUGGAGGAACGGAUAUUGACGAAUCCGAACGCGCUCUUGACAUGCUAGCGCAGCUGCGAGCCGAUGGGUUCGAAGCACCAAUGCCAGAGUCACCGUCCAUAGGGGCUGCGCAGCGUCGCCGACGCCGAAGGACGGAAGCCAACAAAGCCAACCCAUCACCUCCUGGACCCUUAUCCCCUCUCGCCACUGAGAUAACGCUUGGGGAUUCUGGUACAGAACCUACAGGACCACCAGAUCUGUGA